CCUGAGCCCUGGCUCGUGGACUUUUGGCUGAUGACUGCUGUGGAGGUGGAGAUGAACAGUGAGACGGGCUUUGUGGCCAGGAAGGAACGACCUCUGUAAGUCGACCUUAAACCCGCAACCCUCCUGCUUGGCACUUUCACGAUGGAAUUUGGGGGCCAAAGUGACUUUGGACGACGAGUGCAGUGACCAGAUGGUGUGGCCUUGCGAGUGAGUGAGUGAGUGAGUGAGUGAGUGAGUGAGUGAGCGAGUGAACAUACCAUUCCCAGUUGCGGGUGAGUGAUCAAGCGGCGGCGCCAUUCAAGCUGGUGAGUUGGGGAUUGCGACGGUUGGGAAUUUCAGUUUCCAAGGCAGCAGCAGCUGCGCUGAGCCUUCCCCCGUCUUCCUCCUCGUCCGUGCUCCCACAACCUCUUCCUCUGGCGGAGCUUGAACAAGCCACCGUGUCUUUCGACCAUCCAAAGCUGUGUGGCAGCCGGCAACUAUCGGAGGCAGUAGCAGAGGUGGCAGCUCUAACUGGGGAGAACGUGAAACUGCGUCGAGCCUUCCUGCUGCCCGAGCCUCGGCCCUCAGGCUCGGUGUCCAUGUACCUGCACAGCAGCCCCGGCGCUGGGUUGGGCCGGAUAGCUGGUCUGGUGUCCCUGUCUGCUUCCCGAGCAGCAGAGAAAGGUGCAGCAGCGCCAGUGGAAGUAGCAGCAGAGGAUGCAGCAGCAGCAGCAGCAGGGGGGGUGGGGGAUGGAGUGGCGAUGCACUUGGUGGCGAUGAGGCCGCUGUACUUGAGGCGAGAGGACGUGCCGGGAGGGGUGGUGGAGAGGGAGAGCGACGUGCUGCGAGCACAGGCCACAGCAGCAGGCAAGCCGGCCAACGUGGUGGAGAAGAUGGUGGCAGGGCGGCUGAACAAGUACUAUGGGGAGGUGGUGCUGGUGGAACAGGCCUAUGCCAUGGACGACAAGAAGACAGUGGAGAAAGUGUUGGCAGAAGCUUCCAAGAAGGCGGGGGCGACCAUCAGAGUGGAGCAGUUCCUCCGGGUGGAGGUUGGAGAGGGCAUUGAGAGGGAGGCCAAGGACUUCGCAUCAGAGGUGGCAUCGCAGGUGGCCUCCUCCUCGUGACCACGACACUGCAAAGUGGGCAGAAAAAGGAAGCCAUUUCCCUCGUGAGUCGUGCGUUGUGGCCGCAAGACUGUCGCGAUCUUUCCUGGUGUCAGCGGCAGGGUCUCCUUGUGCCACCCAUUGCCAUGACAACAUCAUGGCAGCCGUUGCUGCGAAGCCCCACCCCUCCAGUCAUUGGAUGGCAUAGACUGGGGCAUGUUGUAUGCAUGCCUGAGCAGUUGGAACUUCAUUAGCUAUAGUCACGGCCUGCAUGAUGGGUUACAAUAUAAAUUUUGUAUUCCAGAGAAUAAGAUCGCAGAAAUUUUGUAUGCUCAAGCAGGGGAAAGUGCAAAAGAACU